GUUGUCGACAUGUUGCCGGAGCCACUGGCCGGAAGUACCUCCAACAGUCGUUUUGGUCGUGACGUCGAAGUCAACAGCAUGAAUCUUUCACCCAAGCAGCAGGUGGAGAUGUUAAAGAAGGAGCAGAAGGAAAUGGAAAACACGCAACGCGAAACAGCAGAGUCUAUUGUGACAUCUCUGGACCACGUUGCCGACACCCUGCUGGCAUUGCAGCCUGCGAAUGUAGAGUAUCAGACAAGCUUUAAAACAGAACGUGUUGCCGUGGCUGUGGUGAGAUCACCUGCAAAUGAAGACAUCCAGGUCCACGCAGGUGGAAUCGUCGCAAAUAUUCCGGGCAGAGAGAGUAAAACUCAAACCACCGAUGUGCUGGAUCUAAAGAUGUCAGUUUUCCAGAAGAACCCAUACUCGUGGGCUGAAUCGACAGGAGGACAAAACAUAUCGUCUCCCGUGGCGUUCGUAACCAUGACAGAAAAUAAAGCCGAGAGCAUUACCGAAAAACGACGGCUAAAUCUGGACUUUCCAUUCCUACCCGCGCAACCAAGAGGACAGCCAAACGACCCAACACCACUAAACGGGGCGACAAAACAGCCGGGUGUGGUGGAAGGAAACAGCAAAGUGUCCAACGGAGAAAACAUGACGCACCACGCCUUUGUCGUGCCGGAGGACAAUGUCGUCCCUGUUGUCCAUUUGACCUGCUGA